AUGCUCGGUAUUAUUUACUGGCAGGGCGAUGAAUUCGGUUCUGGCAAGAGUCCUUUCAGCCUGGAGACCGCCAUCAAGGUUGCCACCCUUGCUGGUGCUGUGAUCGGACAACCCCUCUUUGGUUGGCUCGCUGACCAUAUUGGCCGCAGAAUUGUCUCCUCUUCCUCUAGUGCCAUUACUACGAGUGGCUUGCUGAUCUUCUGGCGAGUAAUCAUGGGCGUUGGAACUGGCGGUGACUAUCUACUUUCUUCUGUGAUAACUUCUGAGUUUGCUACCACCAAGUGGCGUGGCGCCAUGAUGGGUGCCGUCUUUGCGAUUCAAGGCCUCGGCCAAUUUGCAGCUGCCAUCAUUGCCCUGAUUGUGACGGUUAGCUUCAAGGAAUCCCUAGCAAGUGCUGAGGAUGUUGCUCACUGCACUGGUGCUUGCCAGGUUGCUAUUGACAAAAUUUGGCGUUUUACCAUUGGACUAGGUGCUUUCCCCGCCUGCUUUGCACUCUAUUUCCGUCUGACAAUUCCUGAAACUCCACGGUACAGUUUUGACAUCGCUCGCGAUAUCGUUAAGGCCGAUAAGGAUGUUCGCACCUACCUGAGGCACCGCACUAGCGACCGCCCAUACACUCCUCCCGUUCUGAAUGGUAUGCCUGACUUUGGCCCCAGGGCCAGCUGGUCUGAUUUCUACAGCUACUACUCCCAGUGGAGGCAUGGAAAGGUUCUCCUUGGUACCACAUUGUCUUGGCUUUUUCUUGAUAUUGCGUUUUACGGUCUUGGUCUGAAUAACUCGCUUGUCCUUGAUGCUACUAACUGGACUACUGCCAAGAAUGUUUACGAAAUGCUGUACCGCAGUGCUGUCGGAAACCUUAUCUUGAUCUGUGCUGGUGGCAUUCCUGGAUGCUUGGCGACCAUUGCCACUAUUGACAAACUCGGACGGAAGCGUAUUCAACUCCUGGGAUUCCUCACGUUAUCUGUCCUUUUUGCUGUGAUUGGCAUUGCUGACUUGAGCAACAAUGACAGUGGUCUUUUCGCCCUUUACGUUUUGAUCCAAUUUUGCUUCAACUUUUGGACCCAACACAACCACCUUCGUCAUCCCCGCCGAGUGCUUCCCCACUCGCUACCGCGCUACCACCCAUGGAAUCUGCGCGGCCGUUGGUAA